AUGUUUACAAAGAGUAACAGCAGAAGUGCAUUGGCUGGCUUGAAUUCAAUAGUGAAUUCAUAAAACGAUUCUCUUACUUCUCGAGCUUAACAUCAAAAUUAUGCUAAAAAAGAUUUAACAAUAUCAAAUUCUACUUCAAACCUUUCUUAAACAAUAUAGUAAUACUAAAUGCAAUUUUCUUCAUCUUCAUAACAAAUAAAUUAGAAUCAGAAGCACAAAUAUUUUCUGAAUAAUAGCAAUAAUGGCCCUGUGUAAAACGUUAGUUCAUCUUUAGAAAAAAAGCCUGGCAGUUAUUUUUUUAAAAAUGGAAUUUAAAACUAAUCAAAACAAUAAAAUCAAUACAUAAGUUAAUAAUUCUAACAGCUACAAAAGAGUUUUGACAGUUUAUAAAGAUAAAAUUCAAAAAGCGAAUUGAAUUCAAGUACUAGUGCUGUAUAAAAUAGAGUUAAAACAAGCAGAAGUAUUAUUAAUUAUAAUCUUCCUGAAUUAACUAGGAAUAAAGAGUAUCCUGCAUCUUCUAGGAACCUUUCUCCUAUCACUCUUAAUUAAUUGGAUUCUGAACAAUCACAAUUCCGAAAUAAUCUAAACCAAUAAGAAAAUCUUAUCCUCAGAAAUAGUUCUAAAUCUCCUUCUUCUAUUUUGAAUUCUAACAAUAACAACAAUAAUACAAUCAGCUUAAAAAAUAAUAUUUCUUCUUCCUCUACUUCUUAAAGUAAGAUACUUGGUUCAAAUAUCAACAUAUCAAAUAUUUUUAAAUCAUCAAAUUCUAAUCACUUAUUACUAAGUAACGCUAUUAAAAAAUAAAAUACUAGCUGCAAUUUAGCAAGCAUUAAUUAGCAAUAAAAUAAUUUAAAUUAAUAAAUUACAAGUAGUUUAAAUAAUGAAAACUCUAUUAAACCUCUAUCUUCUAUGAUCAGAUAAGAAAAAAGUUCAAAUUCUUAAAAUUUGAUUUAAAGAACUGAAAGAUCUAAUACAAACUACGAGUAAUCAGACCCAAAGAAGCAAAAAAUUGUCGAAAAUAUAAUAGAAAAUAUUCUUAAUACAGAACCUUCAAUUCAGGAAAAUAUUAAUUAAAUAGGAUUACAUGAAGAAAAUAGAAAUCUAUUGAAUAAUCAAAAAAAGCUAGCAAUCGAGCUAGAAAGCUUAAGAAAUGCUAAUUAAAUUUUAUCAAAGGAGAAUUAAGAACUUAAAGAAGCUAUAAAAAUAGAAAGAGAUAAAUUUAAAGAAGAACUUACUAAACUACUUUAUGAAAUAAAUAAUAUGAAAUAAUUUGAGGAUCUCUAUGUUAGUGAAAAAAGCUUGAAUGAAAAGAUUCAAUAAAAUUUAAAAAAAUUAGAAGAUAGUUUCAUGAAUUAUAAAAGCGAUAUUGUAGGACUUAUUUAUGAUACUUUCGAGAUAGUUCUAUCAACAAAAGGAUUUACAACACAUUUAAGAAGUGUUUAACUUUCUCUAGAAGAAUCACAAGAAGUAUAUAGAGCAUUCUUGAAGGUCAUUUCAAAAAAGUCAUCUGAUUUAAUGAACAAACUUAAUCCUUUUGUCAUAGACUUAGAGAUUCAAAAUGAAUUAAAAGAAUUUGGCAAUUAAAUCAAAAACGAUUAAAAAAACAUGUUCUUUGAAAGUUUGUAGAGUUUCAAUGAAAAAAAUAAAAAUUUCCUCUAAGAAAAGAGCAGCAAAUAAAACAACUUAAAAAUAAAGGAAGAAGGGUUAUAAAAAAAGUAAGUCUCUAAUGAAGAAAAAAAUUACUUAGAGGUCGUUUUGAAUGAUUUUGAAGAUGAUAGAUGUUAACAAUCAAGCAGUUAAUAACAAAAAACAGCUUUAUCUUAAUAAGCUUAGUCAGAUUAUGUGAAUGGCUAGUAAUAGGAGUUAUCGCAUUUAAAAAGCAUAUUGACUUCCACAAUGAGUCACAACAAUUUUUAGAAUAUUUAAGAGAAUGAAAAUAAUAACAACAGUAAUAAAAGUAAUAGUAGUAAUUAAAUAAAAAUUAAGAGUGUUUCACUUGAAACUAAGAGUAACCAAGAAAUCAGUUGUUAAUAUUCAUAGGAUUAACUAGGUAGCAGUAUUUAAUCUUCAAGAUUUCAUUAAAAAUCUAAUUAAGUAGAUAAAAUUGGUAUAAAGUUGCAAGACUACAUAUCAUUUAAUACAAAUGAUAAUUACCAAGAAGGUUAGAUUCAGUAAUUGAACAAUAUACAAGAAGAAGAAACUCCUUCUAAACCUUAACAAAAUCCAUUAGAUAAUUUCCUUUUAGUAACUUCGAGCUAUAAGAAUGAUUAAUUUUAAAUUAAUUUUUUGAAGGAAUAAGAGCUAAUUUAAGGUUUAGAAGAUGAUGUUUAGCAUGUAAAAGAAGCACCUAAUAUGCAAUUUGAAUUUUUAUAAAAUAAAUAAAAAAUAAAUAAUCAGUAAAAAGAAUUCAAAUAGAUUUAAAGCUUUGAUUAAUCUUUAUAAUAAAAUAACCUUAAUCUUUCUAAGUAAAAUUAAUUUUAGCCAAAAAAUUUUAUGCUGCAAUUAGUUUCACCUUCUUCUGAAUAAAGUUACAAGAAUAUUUUUGAUGAAAAAUAAAUUCAAGAAGAAGUAAAAAACGUUAAAAGCUAGUACAAUAAAAAUGAAUAGAUACAUAAUUAACAAGAUUAAUUAAAUCAAAAAUAGCAGCAGUAAUAUUAAUAAGAAAACCAUUUGAUUAAUAAUAUAGCUUAAGGUAAUAAUCAGAGUAUACUUAAUUCUAUAAAAUCAUAAACAGCUAGCAAUUUAAAAAUAAUUAGUAAUGCAAUUUCAAACAAAAAAAAUGUAAACUAAUCUGUUGGAAAUCUAAGUAAGCACAUGCAAUAGGAGAGCAUGGAAUCUUAAGGAAACAGUAAUGAUGGAUAGCUAAGUAGUGGAUAAAAUACAGUAAUAUACCAUCAUUCGAAGCAAGUAUCGUAGCUCUCUUAAUACAACUAAUCAAGUCAAAAAAAUAUAAUCUAAAAUUAAAAUAUAUAAAUGAAUGAGGAUGUAUAAACAAUAAACAGCAAAAAUUAAAACUCAAAAGAUAAGGAAGUAGAUAUUUAAGAGUUAUCUCCAUGCUUUUCUUCAUCAAGAAUGCACGAUUUAGAUAACAGCAAUUCAAUGAAUCCUUUAGAUAUACAUAAAAAGCAAAGUCAUUUUAAUAAAAGUUUGAUUUAAAAUAAACAUUUAAAUUAAAAUAGCAUACAUUAUUAGCCCUAAUAAGUCUAAGCUUAACAUAACUUUAAUUUGAAUGAAAUAAUGUCUGAUAGUAUCUAAGAAUCUCCUAAUAAUUAAACAAAUUAAAAUUUUAUUAAUAGUAGUAAUUCCUAAAAGACAUAUGAAUAAAAUCAAUUAUAAUAAUUGAAUUAAAGAGGUACCUAAAAAAGAGAAUUCUCUCAAAUUGAAUCUGUUUAAGAGAGCUAAAAUAAAGGUGAUGAAAACAUAGAUAGUACUAUGUCAGGUGAUGAGUUUGUCAUAGCUGAAUAUAAUUUUUAAGCACAAAAAGAAAAUGAUUUAGAGUUUUCCAAAGGUGAUAAAAUCUAGGUUUUAAAGAGAACAUAAACAGGUUGGUGGAUAGGUUUGUGUAGAAAUCGUAUCGGUUAUUUUCCAUAUGAAUGCGUUUCAGAAAUAAAAUUUUCUUGA